AUGCGGCCCAGUUUCAAAAUCGGACAGAACGGCACUGCCGACGACGAGGGCCAGAGUCACGUCGAUGAACACACGCCCUUGGUCGGUGUCCCUAACGGCGGUGGCUCGUCCCACAAUAGCCGCGGCUUCUGGGGCCAGGUUUUCCUAGGGAAAGACACACCUGGGUUGGACAGCCCAAACCCCUUUGUGAGGUGGCCAGUACACGUUUGGAACGUCCUCAAGAUCACAUUGCUCAGUAACUAUGUCAAUGUCCUCUUGUUCUUCGUUCCACUCGGCAUCGUUGCCGGCGUGUCCGAGUGGAGCCCUACGCUUGUGUUCACCCUCAACUUCCUGGCCAUCGUACCUCUGGCCGCCAUCCUGUCCUUCGCCACCGAGGAGAUCUCUUCCAAGCUGGGCGAGACUCUCGGCGGCCUGCUGAAUGCCACAUUUGGUAAUGCUGUCGAGCUUAUCGUGAGUAUCAUUGCACUGCAGAACAACCAAAUCGAGGUGGUCAAAUCCUCCAUGCUCGGGUCUAUCCUCUCGAACCUGCUGUUGGUCAUGGGCAUGUGCUUUUUCCUUGGUGGCAUCUUCAACAUGCGAGAUGCGCGCGGCAAUGGCAGUGAGCAGGUGUUUGCUUCCGGCACAGCCCAGACUGCCUGCUCCCUGAUGACUCUGUCUUCGGCAUCACUGGUCAUUCCUGCUACUCUGUUCAUGGUCCUCGAAAGUGACAAAGACAAAGUCGCCGCCCACAAGAGCGUCCUGAUACUAUCCCGCGGGACGGCCGUCAUCUUGCUGCUUCUCUACUGCCUCUAUUUGUUCUUCCAACUGAGGACGCACAAGAACCUCUUCAACCCUGAAGAGCCAGAGACCACGGGGGAGGAUGACGCUGAGGAGGAGGAGGAAGAGGAAGGCGAAGAAUCAUCUAUGAGCGCUUGGUCUGCAGCGGCAAUCCUCAUCAUCACGACGGUUGUGAUUUCAUUCUGCGCGGACUACCUUGUCGACGCUAUCGACCCUAUCGUCGAGACCGGGGCGGUCAGCAAGAAUUUCAUUGGUCUCAUUCUCAUUCCGAUCGUUGGCAAUGCUGCGGAGCACGUUACGGCCUGUGUUGUGGCUAUCAAGAACAAGAUGGACCUGGCCAUGGGAGUUGCUGUCGGAUCAAGUGUACAGAUUGCCCUCCUUGUGACGCCGUUCCUUGUUCUACUUGGUUGGGCCAUCGAUCGGCCAAUGGAUUUCCAAUUCGAGACGUUCGAAACGGUUUCAUUCUUUAUUUCUGUCCUCGUCGUCACCUACGUUGUCCAAGACGGCAAAUCGAACUACCUCGAGGGAGCUAUGCUUUUCGGUUUAUACGUUAUCAUCGCCUUGGCUUUCUACGCCACCCCCAGUGACGCCCUCAACAACAUGCUGGCUUCCAUGUUCUGA